AGGUGUACUUUUUUAUGAAUGGUAUUCUCAGCUAGUAAACUACAAUAAAUUAGAUUUACCUUUACGACAGUAUUACGUUUGCAAAACUGGUCUUAAUCAAAGUACAAAUAUACAUAUCAGUUAACUCUGUAAACAACGAAACUUGUGUACAUAGUGUUCAAAGUUUUAGCAGAAAAGUGCCUGUGAUAAGUUUUCCUAGUGACUAUGGCUAAUAAAGACGACUAUUUGACUUACUACCGUGAAUUUUUUGAAAAUUUUGCUCAAACCGUCAACCCCAACGAUCAACUACCUGUUAAAUUAGCAAGCUACAAGUUGAUUAACUUGGAAGUCAUCGGCGGAGUCAUCGAUUGGACGACCCAGUAUUUAACCCAAAAAAAAUGCCCUCAAAAUUUAAUUGCCCCACUUAUCCAAAUCGUCAUAGACGAAACGAGGAAGUCAUGCAAGAAACAACCGACAGCCUGUGGCUUCAACCCAUCAGAUAAUGCCUACGAACCCUUAAAGCUCAUGCAAACCGUGAUGGCCAAAACGAACGAAAUUUGUCUGAGGUAUUUGGACAACAGCAUGUUGUGUUCUCUACCAUCCCCCGGGGUACCCCAUAAUGUUGUCAGUGUGUGUGCUGCAAAGAAUAAAAGACGACGAAUGGAAGACAGACAUGUGGUGAUUCACGACUUAAACACCAUGUUUAAUAUACAGGAAGCUAGUCCGUCCAGUUAUUAUGCAAUAUUUGACGGUCAUGCAGGUCAUGAUGCCGCAGCCUACAGUUCGGCUCAUCUGCACCAGUUCCUGGCCGAAAACAAACACUUCGUUGCUAAUCCAGAACAAGCUUUACUUGAUGCCUUUUGUAAAACUGACGCUUUAUUUAUUGACAAAUGUAACGUCGAGCGGUUCAACAGUGGUACUACGGCGGUGUGCGCGCUGUUACGACCUAAGGAAAAAACUUUAUACGUAGCGUGGGUCGGGGAUUCACAGGCUGUUUUAGUUAAUCAAGGACGGGUUUUGCAAUGUGUCAAUCCACAUAAACCUUGUCGAGCCGAUGAAAAGGAGAGGAUCGAGAAACAAGGAGGGUAUGUUUGUUUCUGGGGUACCUGGAGGGUCAACGGACAGUUGGCUGUUUCUAGAGCAAUAGGUGAUGCAGAGUACAAACCAUAUGUAAUAGCAGUGCCUGAUAUCCGCGAAAUCCCCCUCGACGGGGGCGAAGACUUCCUAAUCUUAGCCUGUGACGGUUUAUGGGAUUUUUUGUCAGAAGAUGACGCCGCUCGAACCGUGUACGAAAUGGUAUGCAAUAAUCCAGACGAGACCGAUCUCAUAAGCGAACGCCUGGUCCACCAAUCCAAAGCACGAGGAUCAGCAGAUAACAUCUCUGUGAUAGUAGUAUUUCUUCGCGAACCCUCAAAGAUCGCGGCGGAAGCCCACUGGGCCAACCGCAACGCCUCUCCCAUCACAAUGGAUACCAGCCUCGACAAUGCAAACAAUCCCUUCUCCAACUCCAACGGCUCCGACAACAACAUCAUCGGCCAGAAGUCAGAAGGGCUGCUCCUGAACCUCUCAGAGAACUUCAAGCACAACGGCGCCGACCUGUCACCCAGCGGCGACUUCUACCACAAUUCCGAGAAAUCCAACGGCAAAAGACUGGCGUCGGAGUUCGACGACGACGACGACCUGGGCCCUGAGACCGACGUUGACGCAGUGGACGACGUGCUGUCGCCUUCCAUCGCCGCAGCCAAAGCUCUGGCCGAAGGUAUCGUCAACAACAACCCGGACGGGAGCUUCAACCCCUUCGUUGAGAAGCACGAGGUGGAGAAAGCUGCCCUCGAGAUCGAUUUGGAUCUUCAGAAGCAGCAAAGUAGCGAGUUCGAUGGACAGAGGUCACCGAGAGAAGAGACGCCGACACCGCCUGCAGAUGCUGUUCAUGAUGGUGGGUUAGAGGAAAAUAUCGGCGACAGCGGCGAAGAAUCCGAAGACGAGUGGAACUACAUCAAGGGAGAGGAAGCCAAUAAAGAAAAUAUCAGUCCGACGCAGCCGGACUGUGAGGUUGCGGAUCUCCUCGAAGACCAAGAAAACAUGUCCCAGCUAAAUCCGAACGCGGCCGAAUUCGUGCCCGUUUCGCCGACGAGAAGCAUUCCUUCGCCAGCAUGUCGAUUGGUGCACGACCCAGUGAUAGCCCAGUCCCCAAAAAGACCAAGCGAAAUAGACAUCAGUUUGCCGAACCCCCAGGACUUCGAGAAAGAGGUGAAAUCGCGACCAAGCGACGUCGAUUCGUUCAGCAACGGUCACGACCAUGAAGGUGACCAGAAACCGUCGACGCAAGAACUGAUGGAGAAUCUCCUCAACGGAAAGAACAUAGACGAAAUACCGGAGUUUCAACCAGGGAACACACCAUCGAAGGUGGCAUCGUCGGAAGACUUCCAUUUCGGACCGAAUGCCGCCCCUUUCACGCCUGCGAAAUUGCUGGACCAGUCGGAGGCGGCGUUGUCGACUAAAGCGGUCUACGGGGACGAGUCGUUGGUGAAUCUGGAUUCGACGCUGGACGCGGAUAGCACGGAUUUUGCGAAAAAGGAGGACGAUCCUAUGUCUAUGUCGUUCUAUCAGGAGCAGGGCGAUGCUGAUCCCUUUGAUUUGAACAAAGUGCAGAUGUUGCCGGAGAACAUCGACGAUUUCUUGAGCAAGCCUGAGGAAAAGAAUGCACCUCACGGGGAUGUCGUUUCGCAAGAUCCGGUUAAGGAUUUGUUAUCAGAUGAGAUCAUUUUGAAUAAUGACGAAAGAAUCCAGACCACCGAUUUAGAUAAAGUUGAUGACGAAAAAGAGCUGGCUUCUCCUGUAUCCAACGAUGAUGAAUCGAGCGGUGUUUGUGAACUAGCUAAGUCACCACAACCACAACUAGACGAGUGGGUUUCUAAAUUGGAGGGUGUUGCAACGCAGGAAACUCUUCCAGAUGUUUGUCUCCGGCCGGAAUCGAAAUCUCCAGUAAUGGAUGACUUGAAAAUUGACACUCCAGAGCCUCAAGUGAUUUCUCCUGCUCAGGCUUUGAGUCCUGAACCUGCUUUAUCACCAAUUCCACAAACGCUGUCUCCGGAACCUCAAGGCAGUUCGCCUGCUCCAGAAAUGGUGUCUCCGGAACUGCAAGAACCAGAACUGUGUGUGUUGUCGAAACCCGAAACGCCUGUCUUUUCUCCAGAACCUCUGGAACGCCCAGUGUCUCCUGAACCACAACAGAUUUUGUCCCCAGAGCCACAACAAGAGCGGGUUUUGUCACCGGAGCUACAUAAAGAACCCGCUUUGAUUACUCCUGAACUAGAAGAGAAACCGGUUUUGACUCCAGAACCAGAGGACAAGCCAAUUGUGUCUCCAGAACCAGAGGACAAGCCAGUUGUGUCUUCAGAACCAGAAGACAAGCCAGUUGUGUCUCCAGAACCAGAACAAGGAUCAGUUGUGUCCCCGGAACCUGAAUUAAGAACGGUUCUGUCUCCAGAACCACAGGAAAAACCAAUUUUGUCUCCCGAACGAGAAGAGAAGGCAGUUUUGUUUCCAGAACUUCAAGAAAAGUCGGUUGUGUUUCCGGAACCACAAGAAAAACCAAUUUUGUCUCCCGAACGAGAAGAGAAGGCAGUUUUGUUUCCAGAACCUGAAGAGAACCCAAUUUUAUCACCUGAACCACAAACGGCAUUGUCUCCAGAACCACAGACGUGUUUGUUGUCUCCAGAACCUGAAAUCGUAGCAGCUGAAACACAGAUUUUGUCUCCAGAACCAGUUGAGAAUGUUUGCCAAUUUAGAAAGUCGCCUUUGGUGGCGGCUGCAUCGCCUGAACCAAUCCAAGACGUUUGCAGUUUUCCGAAGUCUCAAGAACCGGAACGAGUGCCGACGCCUGAAUUGGUUGAAACAAGUAAUCUAGAAAGUGAAAGAAAAGAACUUGUAGAGUCUCCUGUUGACGACAUUACGUCUUCGGUUAAAGAUGUUUCGUCUCCUAUCAUUUCACCGGUUCCAGAGCAGGUGACGCUUGAGCCAGAAAUCCAACUGAAUUUCGCCCAAGAAAUUAACAACGCGGUGCUGUCGACGGUGCACGUGGAAUCAUCGUCACCUAUUAGAGGAGACAAUCAACUACCAGAAGUGUGUCCACUUUCCACACCCAAGUCAAUAACGGACACUGAAUCCGUAGCCACCACGGACGUCAACUCGUUCUUGGAGCGCUCCCAGAUCGCGGAUUUAGAAUCUCCGCUUAGCCCAGGGGAUGCAACAGUCCUCGGUCAUCCCCUCAUGAAAUGUGUAUACCCUCUCCCGACUGAAAUUGAGACUGAAACUAUAACUCCCGAAUUCGCCGAGCCCGUCGUACUUUCUCCGGCGAAAGAAGAAACACCUUCAGUUCCUUCACUACCGGAAGAAACCGUGAAGGAACCAGAAGUUGAACCAGAAACCGUUCCGGUGGCUGCGGUUGCAGCGACGGCGACAGCAGCAGCAGCAGCAGUUGCGGCCACAGCAGUGGCUGCCGAAAAGAAGACCACGAAAGCCAAAACUCCAACAGCUGCCAAAAAACCAGCGGCCAAAACGACCACUUCCACGACCAAAGCAGCGGCGUCCCCGAAACCGGCGCCCGCUAAAGCGAAACCUUUGACUGCAAAACCUACAUCUACAACUGCGAAGACAACGACCGCUGCACCAAAGACGGCCGCAGCGAAGCCAGCGCCGAAGCCCAAGGCACCCGUGACGUCGACUAGGGCUAGUUUGGAGAAGAAGCCUUUGGCGAACGGUGACGUGAAAGCACCAGUGAGAUCUAGUUUGGCGGCUAGGACUUCUACCACGAAGGCGUCGCCUGCCAAGCCGGCGACGACUGCGAGCAAACCGACUCCAACGAAAGCUGCAGCUCCUAGGCCGACUACGGCUCCGGUGAAGACGGCGACUGCCAAGCCGGCGUCGACCGCGGCUCCGCCCAAGCCUAGACCUACGACUUUGGCGAGUAGGACUACCACUGGUACGGUGACCAAGACGACGUCUGCGGCGACAACCACCAAGACGACAAAAGCUGCUAUUAGUUCGCCGAAAGUUCCUUCUCCACCGAAGCCACGUCCUGCUACGGCUCCGACGAAACCCAGGGUGCCGGCUACGAGAACGGUGACCAAAACAUCGACUGACACCGAGAAACAGAAUAAAGAUAGUGCUAAUAAAUUGACAGCGUCGCGAACUGUGACGUCGACGAGGACUAGUGGAGUUGCUGCUACGAAGACUGCAACUAGCACCGUACGGAAAACCGAAUCCAAGAUUACCGGAACAUCUCGAACGACUGUAACGAAAACGAGCACGACUACGACGCGGCCAGGUGCCGUAGGAAAGAAACCCCUAGAAAUAACACGCACUGGGAGUAAAACAACUAAGAUAACCAAAAUCGAAAAGCCCGUUCAGAAUGGCGUAACUACUGUAGUAACGGAACAAAUAACCAUAGUAAAUAAUGCAGUAAAUGAUAGUGAUACGCAGUUACUGAAGGAUAACUCUCCCAUUGAUAAUAAAUUACUUGUUGACACUAACGCUGCAGACUGAACGAUUCAUACUAAUAUAUAUUACCUAUUUAGCAUAUACAUUUAAUAUAAUUAACUGUUACUUUAAAAUAAAUUUUAUAACUUACGCCCAUAUUAAUACUGAAUGUAUAGAGCUGUGGUAAUUUAGUAUUGAGUUUCUAUGUGGUGUGGAUAUACAGAAAGACUUCCAUAUGUAAGAUUUAUUAAUUUAUAUAACUAUCUGAAAAAAAAAGUUGAAAAUGGUUGACUUUAUACAUGUCAAUCGAAAAUUUUUGUAUGUAUUUAUUUUUAAGUUUUGCUUUUUAUUGCUUAGGUGUGUCGCCGUGAUUGCUAAUGCACUUUUUGUAAAUAUAUUUAAAAGUUGAACGGUAAAAUUUUAUAAUAAGGCGCUUUUGGGACGAGAUGAACUUGCAGAGACGACCGUUUAUUUGGCGCCUGAAAGCGCUAAAUUAUAACUUUUUGUAAUUGGGUGAUGUCGGGUUUAGGUGGAACCGUCAUUCAAUUUGAGAUCAGAAAAAAAGGAACGGUUUAUUUAGACCUACAUGCGCCUGAUAGAAUUUUUAUCUAUGAAAUUUGUUGAUGAUACUUACGACUUUUAUUAAUUAGCAUAAUACUGCUUUUAAUAUGGUCUUUUUACAUGUAUUUUUGUAUCAACACUGUAAUCUUAACCAACUACUUAUUUUUACUUUUCAUAAGAUUUUUUGUUUUAAUAUUGAAAUUUUAUCAACGUUUUCCUUUAUUUUUUCUGUAUUAUUAUUUAUUGUGUAAUGUAUUAUGAGCACAAAAUAAAUUGAACAAAAAAACUA